AUGACUCGCUUGCUUGAGAGUUUAUUCGUAUUCUUGCAGAUUGUUUUGAUAAUGGAUCUGAAAGCUGCAAAAAACAUGAAGGCUCGCGAAAUGGCAUGCAGUGAUGUUCAGAAAGUCGCCGAUUCCCUUAAUGUUAAUCUUACUACUAAUGCUCUCGAUGUAUUUUAUAACGCAGAUGUGGCACUUGUCGACGUUUCAAUCACACAGCAACAGCCCAGCCUCUGUUACCACAUCGGCGUGCGCGAAUCCAUGGGCCAAACCUAUAACAUUAUCCUUACACAUUUCACUGAAGAAACUUCCGAAUUACUCGUCAAAGCUCUCAAACGGAGACACGUUAUUAUUGAUAAAGCUAGAAGUAAGGAUUCGACGAGAACCAGCAAUGGUGGUAUUUUGGUCAGCUGUCAUUUUAUUAACUUUUUUCCCCAAAAAUUAGUUCCUGGGUAA